CUGAGACGGAGAAGAAAGCCUUACACUUUACCUUAAGGUUUGAUCUGUAUGUAUUUACGGUUGCGGAUACUGUACCUCAUCGUAUUUACAUCCUGCGAGCGUCUGACCUGGUAUCACGUUGCUCUUCGCCUUGAUUGAGUUCCAGGAAAAUACCCCUACAACUUGAAGGAAUGUCCAGCAGGAAGCGAAAACCCAACUGGACGGACCAGGAGUGUCUUCUUCUUGCUCAAUUAAUGCAGGAGCGGAAAGACAUAGUCCGAGGCAAGUGCAGCACUGGAGUUUCAAUAGAGGAUAAAAGACAAGCCUGGGAGGAAAUAGCCCAAGCCAUCAAUACUGCCUUUCCACAGGUUCAGCGUACAGUUUCUGACUGUAACAAAAAGUGGGAAAAUCUUCUGGCAAAGUCAAGGGAGGAGAUCAAACGCCAGAGAAGACAAGCAAGUACAGACGGCCUGUCCCAUGAACAAUUCAGUACUGUGACUCAAGUAGUGAUUUCUGUGAUGAACCUCUCAGACAUGCUGCAACAGGAUAGAGACGACUCUUCAAUUUCAGAGUUGGCGGAAACUCAACAAGACAGCCGUGACGAAGACGGACAUGACCACAACAUAGAUGAAAGAUUCACAAACAAACAUCCACUGAGAGAGCUCGAGCUUCCUACAUAUCCAAAUCCAUCCACUCCUCCAACACAACCAAAUUUGGCCUCUUUUACUAAUGUCCCUAAAUCCCCCGCAGUGCAGUUUAGUACUCAUUGUGCUGCUGGCUUCACUGCUUCUGCAGAGCGACUACGUACUCCCUGCUCUACGUCUCCACCCUCAGUACACUGCACAACUUUGCAAGAACGAAUGGAUUUGGAAAUGGCUGUGCUGAGAAGACAAGAGGCAGUCCUCAAGCUUCAAGAGGAAUAUUACACACUAAAAAUAAAGCUGAUGAAAAAGCAAAUGGAAGGGCCACAUACAAACAACUGAAGUAGUUGUAUAUACAUUGUAUUGUAUAAACAUGAUUUUGUGUUUAGCUGAAGUCGUCAGUGUUCUCUUUAAAAUAAAAUAUCUCUGUUCAUCUGUUUCUGUAUCUCUGUUUAAGGCUAUGGUCCAACAGCAGUUUUGUCUGCACCAGGCAUCCAGGCACCCGUAUGACAGUGAAAAUGAAGGAAUUCAUCAUGUUUGGUUCCUCACUUUACAUUAUUACCACUUCAGAGUCUCAGACUGAUAAAUUACUGCAAUAUAGUAUAAUAAAAACUGUAAUGAACCAGAUUUAAUUUGUUUUCAAAUACACCUUUAUGAUCAUAUCUAGGGUAAAAUAUAGGUUUUGUGUAAAUCAUUUAUUGCUUUGAAUACUGUUUUUGUUGACUGAAAACACUGAUCCGAUUUUGCGGAUAGCUGAUCAUAGUUAUUGAAAUACAAUGAUGAGCGUAUAGCUUAUACUUAGUACAAAGAGAACAAAUGGCACAUUAACAAAAGUUCAUAUAACCUUGAAAUAUUUCCCCAGGUGAAUGUCAUGUGCCAUAUAACUGAGGAAUUAAAACAAUUAACUUCUUGAAAUCACAUGUUUUCUUUGUAGGAAGUAUAGUUAAGUUAAGUCCAACUACAGUUUUACACUGUGAGAAAUGUAGUUUUUUACUUACUUUUUAGUUUUUUUUACUGAUUCAUGCCAUUUACUCCUAAGUGGGAAUUUGGAAGCUGUAAAUGUUUGACAUAUACCAAUUUACAUAUUUAUGAAAAUUGAACUUGGUCAGGCCAGUGCAAGUAAAGCUAAAAUAAUGUCCUGUCUAGACAAAUGUAGUAAUUUGUGCGUAAUAUUUUUCAUAAAUCCGUUUAUUUGUAAGUGACUGGGUUUGGCACCCAGAUGUAAGCAGUGGGGCCCAGAGUGUUGAAUAAAAGUCUGUUAUUUGC